AUGACAACUUUUUCAGCAAAAUUUUGUUUCCUUAUUUUGGUCUUCAUUAUUUUUCCAUCUGUUUUAUCAACCAGAACUCGAAAGUUCAAAGCAGAGAAACCAUGCAUGAGAAUGCAGCUGUAUUACCACGACAAACUGUUUGACGGCACGGAGAAGGAUAAGACUAAUGCAACAUCUGCUGCAGCAGCAAAUUCAACCAAGCUUGCGCCAAACUCUCAAUUCGGUAUGCUUGUUGUCUUUAAUGACCCUAUUACAAAGGACGAUAAGUAUCAAUCUCCGCCCAUUGCAAAUGCGCAAGGCUUCUAUUUCUACGACAGAAAGGACACCUACUCAGCUUGGUUUGCGUACACAUUGGUAUUCAACUCAAGUGAGCACAGGGGUACAUUGAAUAUCAUGGGUGCGGAUUUGAUGCCAGAGAAAACUAGGGAUCUUUCGGUUGUUGGAGGGACUGGAGACUUCUUCAUGGCUAGAGGGAUUGCCACUCUUCAAACUGAUACUUUGCAGGGUGCAUAUUAUUUUCGCCUCAAGAUGGAUAUCAAGUUGUAUGAAUGUUACUAA